AGAUACCUCCCCCACCCAUCCUCAUUUAAACUGCCAGGGAACUAAAAAAUUUUCUGACCUGAAAAAAAAUCUAUUCUUACUGCUGCAACUUUCAGAGUGUGUGUAAAUCUUUUAGGCCUUUUACUACUGUUAAUUCAGUGUAUGUUGCCAGUCCAUACUGCAUCUUCUUCUCUGCUUUUGACCCUCAUACUGAUUAUCAAGAAAUGGAACCUCAAUACACACCUCUCAAGAUUGCCCGUUUUGCAGACUUCGGGAUUGGACUUACAAACAUGGAGAGUAAUAUGUUGAGUGGUGGAGAAGGGUCGCCUCCAAUUGGGCUAGGUCUUGAGCUUGGACGUGGAUCUGAUCAUAGGCCAACUGGGUUCACAAAAUCGUGUGGGUUCACUGUUUUUCAACUGCAAGAACUGCAGCUUCAAUCUCUUAUCUACAAGUACAUGGAAGCUGGUCUCCCUGUCCCUAAUCAUCUCCUUCUCCCUCUAUGGAAAAGUGUUGCUGGUUCUCUUGGUGGUCUCCAUGCCAAUCCUUAUCAACUCUACUCUAGCUAUUUGGGUUGUGGACCAUUGCACUUGGAGUAUAAGAAUGGGGUUGAUCCAGAGCCCGGAAGAUGUAGACGUACGGAUGGGAAGAAAUGGAGGUGCAGCAAAGAAGCAGUCCCAGACCAUAAAUACUGUGAGAGACACAUGCAUAGAGGCCGACAGCGUUCAAGAAAGCUUGUGGAAGCUUCUCAAGCUACCAGUAGUGGUAGUCGUAUUAUCAGGCAUGGAAAUGCUGACACCAACCUCUCCAUUUCUCUGCAACUUGAUAACAGUAAUACUAGCAGUAGUGGCAGCAGCGGCAAUCUUUCUUCCGGCUUUAUUGGUUUCUCCCCAAAGAGUGUUCUUCGUGGAAGUAACCCAAAAUCUGAAUCUUCAAUACAAUUUCAAGAAAUUUAGAAGAAAAGAAAAAAAGAAAGGUUUAACAAUGACAGAUCUCUAUCUAACGUUUGUAGGUAAAGCUAAAAGCCUUUGGGAGAGUUUUUUAUUUUUUUAUUUUUUUUGUGUGUGUGUGUAAUAUUUGAUAUGUGAGAGACAUUAAUGGUGUUUGUAGGUUUCUUGGGUUGCUUGGUGGUGAGUAGUGAUGAUGAUGGGCUCCAUUUCUGAUGGAAUUUGUAACGUGACUUUAGUUAUGUUUCAAAAUGCCCUUUGUUUUUUUUGGUCAUCUGUCGCUCUUUUUCAAUGCUAUGGUUAAAUGACAAUGAAAUGCUAAACUUUUAUAUGAUUUAUGUACUAUUAACAACAA